AUGAUUUAUGAUUGCAUUGUCAUACCUGGAGGUGGUGUUGAUUCAAAUGGAUCUCCAUCAGCUUGGGUAUGUGCACGACUUGAUCGUGCACUUGAAAUGGCUUCAUUAACAUCUUAUUUUUUGGUUUUAAGUCGUGGUACGACACAUCACCCACCUAUACUUGAUAAAAAUUUAUUUCCAAUCGAUGAAGCAUCAGCUAGUGCUGCUUAUUUAAUUGAGCAUGACAUUCCUUCAAAUAAAAUUUUAAUAGAAAAUUGGUCAUUAGAUACAAUUGGUAAUGCUUAUUUUGCUCGACAAUGUAUAUUAGAACCCAUGGAAUUACAUCGUUUAGCGAUUAUAACAAAUGAAUUUCAUAUGCCUCGAACAAGACUUAUUUUCGAUUGGGUUUUCUCAUUAUCGAAUUCAUCAGAAGAUCGUUGUGAAAAAUAUAAAAUUGAUUAUGUUACCGUUAGCAAUCAAGACAUGACUGAUGAACAAUUAGUAGCACGUAUCGAUAAGGAACGUAUUGCUUGUGAAGAUAUCAAAAUGAAAAUGCAACAAAUAACAGAUCUUUGUAAAAUGGCUCAAUUUUUAUUUGUUGAACAUGGAGCCUAUAAAGCAAAAUGUCUUCAUUCACGACGAAGUCAACUAGAUCCUUUAACUGCAUCAACAUAUUAA